AUGCUAGGACUAAACUUGGCCAAGAUGGAUAAAACACCCAUCAUCCAUGCUUACAGACAUCUCUACCGCGAGCUCCUACGAGCGGUUCAAUUCGCACCGCCGCACAGGUACACCGUCCGCAACCAGCUGAGAGCGUCGUUUCGCGAUAAAGACGCGGUGUGGGACCCGGAGGUUUCCAAGAGAACACUGUGGUUCAUACAGGCGGCUCGCAGAGAGGCCGGUAUCGAGCACAAGGUUCUCAAGAACCUCGUCCGCGUGGCUUGGGAGAGGCAGAAUAUGGAUACGUGGAAGGUCAGCUUUCGCAAGGAAUCGGAAUCCCGGGGCAAGGAUGUCAUCCAAGAGGCCAACAACAUGAAAGCUACAGUAUACAAUCACUACGACAUGACGAUAAACAUGCUGAACAAGUCGAUGGGUAUUCGACUGAGAUGA